AUGAACGGAAAGUACAGAAUAUUUGCACAUCUGUGUGUUGAUACAAAACGGAAAUUUAGAAUUAAUUCGUUAUUUCCACGGUAUUUCAUCACACACAACAGAUUUUCAUUUAAACGUACUGUGCUCGUGUUUAUGCAAGAGAAAAUACAAAAAGCUUUUGACUUGGAUUCUAUUAUGCAAUGGAAUAUGUCACGUUUCUUUCUUGGAAAAAAUAAUAUUGUAAUGUAUAUCUGUUUAAUGUCAUGUUAA